AUAAAAAAAAAAUUCAAAGACUGGAAACGAAGCGUUUAGAUUUAGAACAUUGAAGAACACAGUGUGCAGGUUCGUCGAUCUUCCUUCGUCUAUCGUCAUCUUCUUCUUCUUCUCCCUUCGCGUUAGGGUUUCCAGAUAUUCAAUUUCCCCUCUUUUCUUAACCCUCCUUGCUCCAAUCAUAUUGCAAUUUCUCGCAAAUUUCAUCUCUGCAAUUCAUCAAUUCGCGAUAUAUUGGCCUUCAAGGGAACUAAAUCUUGUAUCUUUGGUGCAUUUGAAUACCAUAGAAUGAGCAUAUACUAGGGUGAAAAAAAAUGCAGGCUGAGGCACAAAUCUCGGUUAAUCCGGAUACUAACCUUAACCCGGAGAAUGCUGUUUCAAUCCGAAAUGCGGAUCCUGUUGUUUCCUCAUCUCUUUCAAAUGCAACCACAACUCAACAGCCAGCUCCGAAGAAACCGACAAGGCAGUGGGCUGCUUGGACUCGUCAAGAAGAGGAAAGCUUCUUCACUGCGUUACGACAAGUUGGGAAGAAUUUCGAGAAAAUCACUUGCCGUGUGCAGAGUAAAAACAAGGAUCAGGUCAGGCAUUAUUACUAUCGGCUUGUGAGACGGAUGAACAAACUUCUUGGUCCAGGAUUGUGUUUAGAUGCCAAAAACUCAAAAGAUNNNNUAUCUGACCUUUGACACAGGUGGUCUUUAUUAGAAAAGUACAGCUGCAAAGCCUCAAAGCUUCACUUAAAGCCCCGAAGGUUCAAAGUUUUUGUGGAAACCUUGGAGCACCAACUUUUGAAGGACAGGAAGAAGAACGUAAAAAAGAAACCUCUGCAGGCGGUAAACUGUCCUCCUCCUGCUCCUAACACAGUUUCAAAUCAAAGUAGAGCAUCGGUAAAUGAUCCUCGUGCAGUUAAACUGGUUAUUGUUGAUAGUCAAAAUAUUUUAAAGCUUGGGCCUUCAAAACCACCAUUGAAGCGCAACAUAAACAUGGGUGUUAACCGUAGUAACACAAAGGGAGAUUCAAUUACCAUGAAGCCCUCAAGGCAGCGAAAGAAAUCUGGUGUGAUCACAACUGCAGCAUAUAAAAAGUGGGAGAAGGCUGCAAUUGCUGGUGUUUCUUUAGUUGCAGAUGCUGCUGAGCAUUUGGAGCGAGCUUCCUCUGGUAAGGAGGCUGAAAAUGACCAGGAGAAUAAUCUAGGAGAAAAAUGUUCUGAUCCUGCUAAUUAUGUACUGCCCCCUUUGCCCACAUUUCCACAAAAUCAUGUAGAUAACAAUGUACAUAAUAGUAUGAAACUUAAGCUGCAAUUAUUCCCAAUUGAUGAACCUACUCGAAGAGCAUUGGAAAUGGAUAAGCAUAACCCAUACCUGGAGCUUACACUUAGUGCAAGAAAGAAGAUAUCAUCAAUUUUGGAACAUCUAAACCGUAAGUGGGGGAAUUCAAGCAUAGCAACGGGAGAAUUAAUGAUUUUUCCCUAUGGUACUCAAAGGGAGAACUUGGUAAACUAUCAUAGAUGGACCCAGGAAUCUACUCUUAGUGCUGCAGAUAUAUAUGCAAUGAUUGGAAGUCCACACAUAUUUCGUUUGAGGUAUGGCUGGAUUUCCAACACUGAGCUUGAGUUAUUAAAUAUGCAAGCCCCGGUAGUAACUGGCAGCAUGCUUGGACUAUCAAACAAUAGUGUGAACAAUACUAUGGGUCAGAUGCUGAAUUCUGAAGCACUCCCUAUUCCUUCAACUAACAAUCAUUCCUUGGAGCUCUCUGAAGAACGAGGAACGUCCAUGAUCAGAAACUGUGCUAGCACUACUUCCACUGCUUUGCCUAAUACUAGAGACAACAGUGAAUACCUGAAUACAAGAACUGAUGAUUUCUGUGAUCCUACAGCAAAUGUACCAUGGCGUGGAAAAAAUGUUGGGGAUAGAACUGUGACUAGACAGUUGGAAGAUGCGGAUGAGAUGAAGUUAAGCAGUGGAACUGGUCUGUCAGCUGGUGAGUGGGCUGACAGCCUUACCAACAUUAGUGUGGGGGACCUACUUUCAGGAGUUUCUCAAGAUCUUGAAGAUAACUAUGUUGAUAAUCGUAUUGCUGAAAAUUGUCAUGGUCUUCAGCAAAUUCCUUUCAGUAGUGAUUCUUUCGAUGCUGCUAUUGCUGCUCACAUCUCUAGACACCAAGACAGGAUGGGACAACCGACCAUGGCAUCCCACAUGUCUUCCAUAUGGGAUGGUGAAGAGACAUGCGAUGCUUUCUUAUUUAAAAAGGAUCCUAUUCCUCAUAAAGAUGGUACUUGUCUAUCACCAAUUGCUACCUUAGAUUCUGAAAAUGUGGUCCUUGGAGGGUCCGAGAAAUUUGAAAAGCUGUCACCUGAAAGAGAGAGGCUUGUGGAUGAUUUUGCUCAAACUGACCAUAUGGAUAGUGGUGAGUCGGAUGCAGAGGCCCAGCAUCAAUUAGCAAAAGAUUUCAAUGGACUAGCGGAUAUCUAUUGGCCUGAUUCUCUGGGACCGUUGGAUCUGGAUAUACCAUCACAAGAAGGAAGCAUCAUCAGCAGUUGAGGCUCGAGAAGUUUCUCCUCUUUCGGAUUUUAAAAUUGGAAGUGAAAAAUGAGCCUCAGCAGUCAGCAUGAUCGGAUCAUCUUGGUAACAUAAUCGUUUUUCGGCAUGAAUUUUUCUGGUUGAAUCAAUGUUCUGAUUAACAUUUUACUUAAACUUACUUGACUUGAGGUGUGCAAGCUUAAAAUGAGACGCUUCACACUUCCUGUAUAUGUUUCUCUAAUCUGGGUCUUUCCCCUUCUGUACAAAAAAGAAGUUCAUCAAAGGAUUUCACUGUAUCAACCCCUUGUUUGAUUGUGUUAGCUUCUGUAGAAAUACAUCUGUUGUUUUAAGAAAUCUUAACCCCUCUUUUAUUCUUAGCUUC